UCCCAUUUCAAGAGACCGUACUACUACCUAGCUAGCUAGCAAUCAGAAAGAUUGCAUAAUUGCGCGCUAGAUAUAUAUAUAUAUGGGAGCAAUUUCUCCAUCAAGAAUGUCGUUCGGGGUUCUCUUUUUGUUGCUAGCAUUUUGUAUUUUCUGCGAGAUUGCACUAGCUCAAGAUGGAGGAAUCACCAGGCACUACAAGUUUAACAUUCAAAUGGCAAAAGUGACGCGACUGUGUCACACCAAGAGCAUGGUUACGGUAAAUGGUAAAUUCCCCGGGCCUCGUAUUGUCGCUAGGGAAGGUGACCGACUUCUUAUUGAAGUGGUCAAUAAUGUUCCGAACAAUAUCUCCAUCCACUGGCAUGGAAUUAGACAGCUUCGCAGUGGAUGGGCUGAUGGACCAGCAUAUAUCACACAGUGCCCCAUUCAAACUGGUCAAAGUUAUGUAUAUAACUUCACUGUGGUUGGGCAAAGGGGAACACUAUUUUGGCAUGCACAUAUCUCCUGGCUGAGGUCAACUGUUUAUGGUCCUCUAAUCAUUCUACCCAAGAAAGGAGUCCCUUAUCCAUUUGCCAAACCCUAUAAGGAAGUUCCAAUUAUCUUUGGAGAAUGGUACAAUGGAGACCCUGAGGCCAUAAUCAACCAAGCCAUGCAAACAGGUGGAGGGCCAAAUGUCUCCGAUGCCUAUACCAUCAAUGGACUUCCAGGUCCAUUAUAUAACUGCUCAUCAGCCAAAGAUACUUUCAAGCUGAAGGUGAAACCUGGGAAGACUUAUCUCCUCCGACUGAUUAACGCAGCACUCAAUGAAGAUCUCUUCUUUAGCAUUGCAAACCAUUCCCUAACAGUUGUGGAAGCUGAUGCGAUCUAUGUAAAGCCUUUCCAGUCUGAUAUAGUUCUACUUACCCCUGGACAGACCACAAAUCUUCUCCUGGAGACUAAGUCCCAAUCCCCAAGCGCCAAUUUCUUGAUGGCAGUUAGUCCCUAUGUGACAGGUUUAGCCACAUUCGAUAAUUCCACUGCCGCUGGUAUUCUUGAAUAUGAAAUCCCAUCAAAAUCUCACCACGGAAACAAAAGACUUCCACUCUUCAAACCAACUCUACCAGCUGUAAAUGACACAUCUUUUGCAACAAAUUUCACAAGCAAAAUUCGUAGUUUAGCAAGCCCUCAAUACCCUGCCAAUGUUCCCCAGAACGUCGACAAGCAUUUCUUCUUCACGGUCGGGCUUGGAACUAGCCCGUGUGAUCAUCAAAACAAAAGCAGCUGCCAGGGUCCUAAUGGAACAAGAUUCUCAGCAUCCGUGAACAACGUAUCAUUUGUACAGCCAAACACGGCGCUCCUCCAAGCACACCAUUCAGGGCAAUCAAACGGCGUCUACAGCCCUGAUUUUCCAAUCAGUCCACUUCACUGGUUUAAUUACACCGGAACCCCGCCAAACAACACAAUGGUGAGCAACGGGACAAAAGUCGUGGUUUUGCCUUUCAACACGAGCGUGGAGGUGAUCAUGCAGGAUACAAGCAUUCUUGGGGCUGAGAGCCACCCCCUCCAUCUCCAUGGCUUCAAUUUCUUUGUCGUGGGACAAGGUUUUGGGAACUUUGACCCCAAACAAGACCCUAAGAAUUUCAAUCUGGUUGACCCGAUUGAAAGAAACACGGUGGGGGUGCCACCGGGGGGUUGGGUUGCUAUCAGAUUCUUGGCGGAUAAUCCAGGGGUAUGGUUUAUGCAUUGCCACCUUGAAAUACACACGAGCUGGGGACUAAAGAUGGCCUGGUUGGUUUUGGAUGGAAAGCUUCCCAAUCAAAAGCUGCUCCCCCCACCGAAGGAUCUUCCUAAAUGCUGAUCUUCAAUUUUUCUCACAUUCAUUUUUUGUGCAAACAUUGCCCGAGAUCUUUUUUUCUUUUUUUUGGUUGUUUUUUUUUUUUGGGUUCCCUCCGAGCAUCAAUCGUACUUUUCUCUUUCACUAAUAUGUAAAUCGUGGGUUUGUAAUGCAUCUCCAUUAUUAUUCAUUCAUUGAAUGAUAAUUUUCAGAAAAAAUUAUUUUUCGUCCAACAUUAUGAUGUCAUUAAA